AUGUUUGUAUUGACUUAUAAAAAGUUAGUUGAGAGUAGUAAAAUAGAUGAGCAAAAACAUAAUAUUGAUGAUCUAGUCAAUGCUGGUAAUUUAUUAAAUGAAAAAGAAAAACCCAAUACAUAUUAUGAAGAUAUUAUAUCUGCACAAUUUCAUGAACAAAAUCUACAGUCUUUAAAAAGUCAAAUUGUUGAAUUAAAUGAAAAACUUGAAAAUUGCCGUAAUAAUAUUACUGAAAAAGAUAUGUUAUUGCAAUUAAAAAUUGAGAAAAUUGAGUCAUUAAACAAAGCUAUAGCACAAACCAAAAAAUCACAUUUAGAAACUGUGGAAGCAUUAAAAAAAAAAAACAUUGAAGUCAUCAAUGAAGAACGUUUAAGAUGUACUCAAAAAGUCAAUCAUAUUGCAGAAGAAUCAGAAGAAUUAAAAAAUAACUUAGAAGAUGUUCACCGACUUUGUGAUAAAUUAAAAAAAAAAAACAUUAAAAUUGAUAAAGAAAAUUCUGAACUAAAAAAAAAGGUAAUAAGUUUAAAAUCGGAAAUAGAAGAAUUACAUACAAGUUAUGAAAACGAGAAAAAAUUAAUUCUUAAACACAAUCAAGAAACUUCAAAACAUCUUAUCGGUGAUAUGGAAAAAGAAUUGCUGAGCUUACAACAAGAAAAUGAUUUAUUAUCUAACCAAAUAGCUAUGACGGAAAGCAAAUCAGUACAUUUGCAAGAGAAUGAUAAUUUAUUAAUGGAACUUGACAAAAAAGAAUUAGAGAUUCAACGUUUGAAUCUUGAAAACGAAAAAUUAAACCAACAACUUCAAAAUCAAAUAACAGAUGCUCAGCAGACAGAAAAUCGUUGGAUUCAGUUAAAAGAUGCAUAUCUCAACGAUAAAGAACGCAUGGCUCUUUUGGAAAAAGUUAUAGAUGAAUUAAAAAUGAAUAACAAUGAGUUGAAUGAGACUAAUGUUAAAUUAACUGAGCAAAUUGAAAAAUCUGUAGAAAAUGUUAAGUUAUUAAAAGCUGAAAAUGACUCGUACCAAGAACAAAUCUCUGACUUGAUGGCAGUUAUAGAAAAUAUGCGUGAAACAUUCGAAAAAGCUAUGAAAGAAUCUUCAGAUGAGUAUGAACAAAAUAAAAAACAAUUUAUUCGACAACAUGAAGAUGAUCAAGUUUUAAUUACAAGUUGUAAUAACAAACUUAAAGAGAGUAUUACGUCGGUAAAUGAAUUAACCAAUCAAUUAAACAUUGUUUUAAAAGAAAAUGAUUUAUUUAAAUGUGAACGUUUAGAGUUUAGUGAUUGUGUUAGUAAAAAAGAUAUAGAGUUAUUUAAACUGAAAAAUACUAUUACAGAAUUUCAUACUCUKUCUACUCAAUUAACUAAUGAGUUGGAAUUUGUUAAAAAAGAGAAUAGUAUGCUUUCAGAUAAAUUAAAGGGAACCAAUGUAACAAUGGAAGAUAAUAAAUUAUUAUCAGAUCGAUACCAAAAACAAAAACAACUACUAAAAGUAAAAAUCAAAGCUUUAAAAGAAUCUGAAAGUAAUUGUUCUCUUUUACAGCAGCAAGUAGCUUCCUUAAAUAAAGAAAUAAAUGUUUURAAUCAGAGAUUAGCAUAUGUUAUUCAAAGUAACAAACAAAUAAGUACUAUUAUACGAAACUGUGAUGAAGAACUUCAAAACUGCUAUGAAUUAUUAAAUACAAUUGUAGUCAAAUCAAAUUUACAAACUCACAACAUACAUAUAUUACGUUGUGUUUUGAUUGGUCUGGCAUCAUUAUUUUCUUUUGACAAUUUUAGUUUUGAGGUUGAUGUUGACUUAAUUGAAGCAGUCGAUUCAAUUUGCAAUAAUUCCAUUUUAGAUGAUAAUGAACUGCAAAUUUGUAUUAAAAAAAUAGUUUUUGGUUCUAUUUAUAUUUUAGAAUAUAUUGUAAAUUUAAAUGAUUCUCAUAAGCGUUCAAAGGCACAAUUAAUUGACCGCAAUGAAGUUGAAAAAUUUGUAUCUGAAGCUGUAGAAAAAGUUAAAUUAUCCACACAACAUGAAUAUCAUAAAAAAAAUAAUGAACUACUAAAAGUAAUUGAAAACUUACAAAAUGAUAAUUAUGCAUUAAAAUUAAAUAUGUCUUCUGGUACUUUAGAAAAUAAAGAAGUAUUAACAGAUUUAAAUGGUCCUGCUGUAAGCAGUCUACUAUCUYUUGAAUAUAUAGAUGCAAAAAGUAUAAAAAAUGAAAAUGAUACAUUUAAACAAUUUUUAAAAARCAUCCAAAAAGAUUUGGGUUUAGUUAUUACUGAUGAGAGAGAUAAUGGAGAGAUAAUUAAGAUUUUAAAUUCACUUGAGUUCCAUGUACAGGAAAUAAAAAAUGAAAAUAAUCUGUUAAAAAAUCAGUUAAAUGAAAAUCAAAGAUUGCUUUCAUUGAAAACUUUGGAACAAUCUACUGAUUGGCAGUCUAAUAAAUAUUCAAAUAUAAGCACACAAAAUGCAUUGGUUCAAACUGUAGAAAAUUUUGAACAAACUGAUGAAAAUAAGAAAAAAGCGUCUGAAGAUAUAUGUUUAAAGAAUAAUUUUAAAAUGUCCACUUCCACAGAAAAUGGUGAUUCAAAGAUAUUACAAGUUCGCUAUAAAAAUUUGAAAACUCGGUUCAAAGAAUGCCGUGCUAAAACCAUUGACUUAGAAAAAACAAUUUGCAACUUGACAAAUGAUUUGGAAUGUGCAAAUUCCAAAUUCAAGCAAUUAAAUGAUCAAUAUUCCAAUGAAAAUGAAAUUCAUGAAGCAGAUAUAAUCCAUUGUCAGUCAGAAAUUGAAAAUCUCAUGAGUGAAAAACUUGAAGCCUACCGUCAAUUGACAGCACUUAAGGAAAAACAUGAAAUAUUGCAAAAUGAUUAUGAUCAACUUAAAAGUAAUUUGGAUGACCAGAAUCCUUUGAAUGAUACAGAUACAACUUAUGUUCACAUUAAUGAACAAAAUACAGUUUUAAAAGGAAAAUUGAAUGAAAUCCAACGUUUAAUUGAUUCAGCUUAUUCAAGGGUGUUUUCUGAAUGGCCACCUAUUGAAAAUGAUUCUGAUUGGGUAGUUGUUCAAUCAAAAAAAUUAGAUCAAAUAGUUGAUGCUAGGUCUUGUAACAGUAUUGAUGGUUAUAAGUUAGGAGAUUUGGAAGAUAAACAAUUACAAACUUAUGUUCAAACUAUUCAUGAAUUAGUUUCAUCUAUUUUAACUAAUGCAUCCAGUGUUGAAGUUUCUUCAAGUAAUGUACUAAUUGAUUUAAUAUCAGACUUAAAAUCGUGCUCAGAAACAUUAUUAGAAUUAAUAUCUCUUAAAAAUAAUAAAUCCACCAAUGAAAUGCAUACAGAAUUAUCUCAAGAUCAUGCAGUUCAAGAUACUAAUUCAUUUUCCCCUGAAAAAUCAUCAAUAAAUGAGUCUGUAAAUUCAAGUGAAGAAGCAAUACAAUCUUCCUUAUUAAAAAAUGUAGAAAAUGAACAACUACAGAGGUCCAUUGCUGAGCGUGAUCGAUUAAUUGAAUUUCUUUCUGUCAAAAUAUCAAAAUUAGAUAAUUUAAAUCGAAAUGUUGAUGAUAUAAGAUUAGUACAAGAGAAACUUGACAGAGCAUUAACAGCUGUUCACGAAAGAGAUGUUCGAUGUAACGAACUAACUUUAGAAUUAACCCGGUUAUUAGAAGAACGUGAUAUGCUGCAACUGAAACUAUCGAACUCUAUCAGACAAAUUCAAUUCUUGUCUGAUAAUAAGCCACCAUUGGGYGAAUCAAAUUUGAUAGAGGAAAAAUUUGAUUUAAAACCCAUGAAUGACAA